AUGGCCGUGCCUGAUCGAAACAUCAUUAGCGGCAAACUUCAGCAAGGAUUCGGCGCCAUCCAAAUGGGGCCGAUAUCAGGGAUCAUGGGCUCGGGCGCACGAAAAUUGCAAGGCUUCUGCUGCCCUAUUUCUGCUGCGCUAUUGCUGAUGAAGAAUGAUUAUCAGAGUGUUCUUGUGAUCACCGAUGAGAACGAGGACGAGGGGAGAAAUGACCACAAUGAAGGCUAG